UCAUAGUCUCGGAAACCCUUCAUUUCAGACUAUUAAAAAAGAAAAAUAAGAAGAGGAAGAAGACAUAAAAAAAGAAAAAAGAGAGCGAAAAAAAGAAGGUUUUCCCUCCGGGGUAAAGUUGGCCGUGUCGCAAGUGAGAGAGUAUAUAAGGAAAGGACGAGGGCAGUGCUGGGUCAGAUAUCAACCAUCUCACUCUCUGUAUACAUCAACCACCUCAACCUCCUCCUGCAUCAUGAAGAUCGCUCUCCUCAUGACCUUCUGCUUCGGGUGUGCCGUCGCCGCCCCCCAGUUCGCCCCCGCCACCCCCGCCCCCACGCCCGUGCCCAUCCUCAUGGACGAGAGAGAUCCCGUCGACAACUAUGGGGGCUAUGGGUUCAGAUUCCGCACCGGCAACCGCAUCAGCUUCUCCGAAUCCGCGGCUCCUUCGGGACCUCUGAGGAAAAUCGUCACCAAAGGAUCCGUUUCAUUCCACCACCCUGACGGAACGCUCCACCACCUCACUUACACCGCCGACGAGAAUGGAUACCGCCCCGUGUCUGACAUGAUCCCCACCCCCUACCCCCUCCUUCCCUGGCAGGUGGAACAGGUCCGCUUCGCCGAGAGAGAGCGCCGCCUGCAGGAGUUGGCCGACGCCAGGGCCGCCCUCGCCGCCCAGAGCUAAAUCCUCGCCUUCCUCAGAUCUUCUCUAACUCAUAAAUAGUAUUUUUGAUAAAUAAUAUUCAUUGUUGGAUAUUUAUUCUUCUCUUGUUAUGUAUAUAACAAAUCUCCGACCACAAUAAAAGCUAACAUCGCUUC